GUGGUGCGCGGACGCGGUCGGAGGAAGGCGGCAGUCGUCGGGGACGUCCAGGGGUGACGGUGCUCCGGCGCGUGGUGCACAGAGGGGGCCGCCAUGCUGGGCUGGUUGCUGACGGCGCCGCUGGCCGUGCUCAGCUGGCUGUGCUCGCCAGUGCCGCUGACUGUGAUCGUGCUGCUGUGCGCCUGGAUUUACCGCACGGCCACCAAGAACUUUGACUUCUGGAAGUCGCGCGGCGUGCCCGGUCCCGCGCCAUGCUUUCCUUGGGGCAACGAGACCGGUCCGCCACUUUCCAAGCCGCUGUAUGAAGUCGAAACGUGGCUGUAUCGCGAACAUGGCGGAAAAAAGUAUUGUGGCUUCUUCGAAAUGCACCGGCCAGUGUUGUUUGUCGGAGAUCCGGAUCUUAUCCGGUCCAUCACCAUCAAAGAUUUUGAGUACUUUACUGACCACAGUGAUCAAGGCAUUGCUGAGGAUUUGAAGGGAGCACUCAUUGCCCUGAAAGGUGCCAAGUGGAAGGAAUCCCGCGCGGUGCUGACCCCUGCCUUCUCCAGCAGUAAGUUGAAGGGUAUGCACCAGCUGGUGCUGGACAACACCCAGAACCUGACAAAAUACGUGAUGGAAGAUAUGAACAAGAAGGGAGAGGUUGAUAUAAGAGACAUGUUCGCGCGUUAUACGAUGGACAACAUUGCUUCGUGUGCCUUCGGGGUAAAAUCGAACUCAUUUGACGACUCCAAAAGCAGGUUUGCCACCGAGGCGUCGAACCUCUUCCAAAUAAGUUUUCUGGGCGUAGUACGAUUCAUGGCGGAAACCGUAUUUCCUAAGCCCCUCCUGAAAUGGCUCCCAGGCCCUCAGCAGAAAGCCAUCGACUUCUUCACAGACGUGGUAAACAAGACCAUCGACUAUCGCGACAAGCAUCCAACCUCGUCACGAGACUUUCUGCAGCUGAUGAUGGACACCAAGGACAAGGACGGCAACCGCAUCCUCACCAGUAAGUCCAUCAUGGCUCAGGCGGUGCUGUUCUUCAUCGGCGGGUUCGACACCACGGCGAGUCUGCUGACGUUCGCUGCGUACAGCCUCGCGACCCAUCCGGAGAUCCAGGAGCGCGUCCAGGAGGAGACAGACGAGGUGCUGUCCAAGCACGGCGCGCUCACCUACGACGCCGUCCACGAGAUGCCCUACCUGGACCAGGUGCUGGCCGAGACGCUGCGCCUGUACCCGCCGUUCAGCCGGACAGAGCGCGUCGCCACCAAGGACUACACGCUGCCGGGCACGGACAUCCGCCUGCCCACCGGCACCGCGGUGCAGAUGUCGCCGUUCGCCAUCCAGAGAGACCCGGACCACUACCCGGACCCGCUGCGGUUUGACCCGGACCGCUUCCUGCCCGAGGAGAAAGAGCGUCGCCAUCCGUGCGUGUACCUGCCGUUUGGCAGCGGGCCGCGAGUCUGCAUCGCCACCCGGUUCGCGCUGUUCGAGGCCAAGGUGGCGCUCGUGGCACUGCUGAAGCAGGCGACGCUGAAGCCGACGUCGACCACCCCGCCUCCUCCGGCGCCUCUGGACAAGAAGUCCUUCAUCCUGAGCCCGGAGGGGCAGAAGCUGCCGCUGCUUGUGGUGCCCAGAAGCAAGACCGGCUGAGCUGGUUGUUGUCUCAGGGAUGAGUUCCGCUGACCCUCUCACUGCCUCCAGGAGCGAGGACAGACAACGCCAGUAGAGCUACGCUUUGAUAGCCAAAGAUACUGAUUACUGAUAUGGCCCUCAGCCAACCCUCAGCCUCAGCCCUCAGCCAUCCAUGAUAUUAUAUUUGAUUACACUGCUUCUUAUCGAUUUAAUUAUUUGGUAAUACAGGUGCUAGGAAUGAUUAACGUUCCCUCCCCAUUCCCUCUUUUACAUUCAAAUACCUAAUUGUGGUUUACGAGUCCAAAACUGCUAAGCUCAUUUCCAUAGU